GGCAAAAAUCCAAAAUCAGACUCCCUCACCCUCAAAUGCCUUCAAACCUCUCCACCAGCAAUUGAUUCCGAAGCCCAAUUCCGACGACGCCGUCGGCUCACUCUGACAUCGACUAGGAACUCCGAUAACUCUAGUAACUCCGACGACUCAACAUAG